UUGUUUGGAGCCUACCACCACCACCCCAUGGAGCACCCUGUGAAAGAGGGGAUCCUCUACAUCCAGCACCCCAAAUUUGGGAAGAAGACCUGGCGGAAAGUGUGGGGUCAGCUCUUUGCUGACAGCCCUUCUGGCAUUGCACGACUGGAAUACUUUGAAGCGCGUGAUAGUGCCAAAGGGGAGAAGGGCACCCUGCGGAAAGGGGAGCGGAAGGUGAUCCGUCUCUCCGACUGUGUUUCUGUGGAACGUGCUGGGGAACACAGUAGCCCCAAGGAUACAGCACCCUUCUGCUUGUGCCUGAUGGAGCGCAAUUGCUUUCUGGCAGCCGAUCAGCCUGAUGACUGGAUAGAGCGUAUCUGCCAACUGGCUUUUCAGAGGCCCUCUGCCCAGUCCAGUACGGCUGGAAACACUCCCAGUCCACAACCCCAAAUGGAGGAGAAUGCCAUCUACUCAUCCUGGCAGGAAACAGCAUGUGAGUAUCCAGUGACUGUGGUUCCAACAGAGGCGUCUACCAAAUGUCACUUGAAAGGAAACUACCUGAUGGCGUCUUUACCUGAACAGCUGGUGCUGAAGGAUGUCCAGUCUGGGCAAGCACUUUACACUUGGCCUUAUGCUUUCCUCCGAAGAUUUGGCCUGGAAAAGAACAUGUUCUCUUUUGAGGCAGGGCGUCGCUGCAACUCGGGAGAAGGUCUCUUUACUUUUAAUACUGUCCGGGCUGCAGAGAUCUACAGAAGUGUCUUGACUACCAUCAACCGCCAAAAAUCCCUCUUGGAGAGGGACAAGAAAGCUGGCAUUUCCUCAUCCCAGGAGUCUACACAGAAAUCAGGAGCCUGGUCGUGGCCUAGCAGCAGGGAGGGCCUGGAGGAAGUUUCACCCCUUUACACCAGAAACCCAGCAGAACCCAUGGAAAGGGCGAACAGUCACUCUGUUUCAGCAGAGACAAGAGUUUCUGAAAAACCCAUCAUCUAUGCUUCCAUUGGCAGGAGCUUCCCGGUCCUCUUCCAGGCCUGUGCUAAGACCGAGGCUGAACUCAAGGAGCAGGGAGAACAACUCUCAGAUCACCUCUAUGAAAACCUUUGUGCCCUGGAGCAGGGGGUUGUCUUCCACCCUUUGGAGUCCGCCAGCUUCAGUUACAGAGACUCCCCUGAGGGCAGCAGCAGCAGCAGCCAGGAGCCCUCACCGAUCUACGACAACAGUCCCCUCAUAGCCAAGCGAUCAGCUAGUCACCCUAGCCCCAGUCCUCGUAUGGAGGGUCCUGAUUCCUCCCCAGAGAGGCAGUGCCUUCCCCCUCAGUCACUGGAUUGCCAGGAGGCAGCAAGUGGAGGUGAAGGAAAUGCCAAGUCCAAAAGCGGAGGGGCUGGGGCAUUCAAGAACAAGCUGGUCACGAUGCUUAGCAGAGACGGAGGAGCCCCUAAAGCAGCCAGCAGAAGUGUAAGUCCCAUGGACAAGUCAUAAUGGACAGCUCCCACUGUGAGGACUGGACCUUGGGCCUGACGUUCUUCUUUUGUCUUCUUCCUAAGGAUCUCCUGGACCUUGACGUCUAGAUUGAGUGAGUCUGAAGAGCCAGCCUCUGAAACAAAAUUACGGUCAUUUGAAAAGCAAGCUCAACUACUCCAGCUGGGCAACUGUGGACCUUUUGGCUCACAACUCCCAUAAAUCCCUAGUCACUGGCCUCGUUGGCUGCCCUUGUUCACCACUGAGCCGGAGUCACUUCCUUCCAUUGAGUCUGUCUUAGAUAAUUAGAGAUAGAAGUGUUUCACAAAUCACAUUGAUAAAUGUACAAAAGUCUGGAAGGCCAGGCUGAUGUGUUCCUUUGGGGUCCCCCCCUUUAAAAAAAAACAAUA